AUGAGUGGGUUGACUGCAGAUGCAAGAUCCAUGAUCGAACAUGCAAGAGCUACUGCUGUGACGCAUGACUUAUAUUACGACGAACAGAUUAAAGUAGAGACUUUGACGCAAUCUGUCUGUGAUUUAGCUCUAAGAUUUGGAGAAGGUGCGUCUGGUGAAGAAAGAUUAAUGUCUAGACCUUUUGGUGUUGCUUUAUUGAUUGCAGGUCAUGACGACGAUGAUGGAUAUCAAUUAUAUCAUGCCGAGCCAUCUGGUACAUUCUAUAGGUAUAAUGCUAAAGCGAUUGGAUCAGGUUCAGAAGGUGCACAAACAGAAUUACAGAACGAAUGGCACUCGUCCUUAACUCUGAAAGAUGCCGAAUUAUUAGUAUUAAAGAUUCUAAAACAAGUUAUGGAAGAAAAAUUAGAUGAAAAUAAUGCCCAAUUAAGUUGCAUUACUAAAGAAAAUGGGUUUGAAAUAUAUAGCAAUGAAAAAACUGCAGGAAUAAUUCAAAACUUAAAGGAAAAGGAGGCACAAGAAAAUUCUGAAGAUAAUGCUAACAUCGAUAGUGAAAAACAGGAUAUUGAAAUGUCUACAUAG